AGAAUGGAAGCGCAAUGUAGGUGUAGCCACGACGCAACUUUACCGGGGAAAACCCAAAGUCCAAGUCAAACUCCAAGCUCUUCCCUUCAGCAACACAAACUCGUUAUUAUAAAACGUACUCGCCAAACUGUUACCACAUCAACUCUGUAACCGAUUUGGAUGAAAAUGAAGAAGGACGAAAACUUGAAGGCGUGGGCUAAGAGCGUUGCCGAAUGCCAAGAGCAUUUCAACGUGAGUUUGAAAACGGGGUUGAGUCUCAACGACGUGGAGAAACGGCGUCGUAUUUUCGGUUGCAACGAAUUCGAAAACCACCAGGGACAAUCCAUUUGGAAUCUCGUUCUGGAUCAGUUCAACGAUACUCUCGUUCGGAUUCUCCUUCUCGCCGCCAUCGUUUCAUUCGUUCUCGCCUGGUUCGACGGCCAUGAAGCCGCCGACGUCGACGUCACCGCUUUCGUUGAGCCUCUCGUCAUCUUCCUCAUCCUCGUCGUCAACGCCGUCGUCGGGGUGUGGCAGGAGACCAAUGCCGAGAAAGCACUCGAAGCUUUGAAAGAAGUUCAAUCGGAGCACGCCGACGUGAUUCGCGACGGCAAGUGGAUCCCGAAUUUGCCGGCGAAGGAACUCGUCCCCGGCGAUGUUGUGGAACUCAAGGUCGGAGAUAAAGUCCCCGCCGAUAUGCGAAUUGCUGAAUUGGUUAGCUCCACUCUGCGGUUAGAACAGGGAUCGCUCACUGGAGAGAGUGAAGCGGUGAUUAAGAUGACGAAGCCUGUUGCGGAGGAUACUGAUAUUCAAGGCAAGAAGUGCAUGGUCUUCGCGGGAACAACGGUGGUUAACGGCCAUUGCUUUUGUUUGGUUACUCACACCGGCAUGGACACGGAGAUAGGAAAAGUGCAUAAGCAGAUACACGUGGCGGGAUUGAGUGAGGAAGAAACGCCGUUAAAGAAAAAGCUCAAUGAGUUCGGAGAAACGUUGACUCUGAUAAUUGGAGUUGUUUGUGGUUUGGUGUGGCUCAUCAACGUUAAAUAUUUUCUCACGUGGGAGAACGUGGAUGGAUGGCCGAGGAAUUUCAAGUUUUCGUUUGAGAAGUGUACUUAUUACUUUGAGAUCGCGGUGGCGUUGGCCGUGGCGGCGAUUCCAGAAGGUUUGCCGGCGGUUAUCACUGCUUGCUUGGCGUUGGGAACACGCAAGAUGGCUCAGAAGAAUGCGCUUGUUCGGAAGCUGACGAGUGUGGAAACGCUGGGUUGCACGACGGUGAUUUGUUCCGAUAAGACGGGUACGUUGACGACUAAUCAGAUGGCGGUGACCAAGAUUGUGACUGUUGGUGCUGGCGUGGACACGUUGCGGUACUUCAAGGUGGAAGGGACUACUUAUAAUCCUCGUGAUGGUAAAAUAGAGGACUGGUCAACGGGUUUAUUUGAUGCUAAUCUUGAGAUGAUAGCUAAAAUUGCUGCGGUUUGUAAUGAUUCCCAAGUUGCAGAGUCAGAGCAAAAGUUUACUGCUCAUGGAAUACCCACCGAAGCUGCCUUAAAGGUUCUCGUGGAGAAGAUGGGUCUUCCUGAAGGAUCUAAGGAUGUAUGUUCAGAUUCAGCAAAUGGAAGUAUCCUACUACGUUGUUGUGAAUGCUGGAAUGUACAUGACCGUCGGAUUGCUAUUCUUGAGUUUGACCAUGACAGGAAGUCAAUGGGUGUAAUUGUGGAGUCCAGUUCAGGGAAAAAGUCGCUGCUGGUAAAGGGUGCUGUAGAGAAUGUGUUGGAACGAUGCUCUAAAAUUCAGUUGCCUGAUGGUUCUAUCGUGAAACUGGACAAUAAUGGUAGGAACCUUGUAUUGCAAGCUCUCCAUGAAAUUUCAACUGGUGCAUUACGCUGUUUGGGAUUUGCGUAUAAGGAUGAGCUCCCUAUGUUUGAAAGCUACAACGGUAAUGAUGAUCAUCCAGCUCACAAGCUUUUGCUUAAUCCUUCCAACUAUUCAUCAAUUGAAGGUGAACUUAUUUUUGUUGGCUUCGUUGGGUUAAGAGAUCCUCCAAGGGAGGAGGUAUACCAAGCAAUAGAGGACUGUAGAGCAGCUGGAAUUCGUGUUUUGGUUAUUACUGGAGACAACAAGGACACAGCAGAAGCUGUAUGCCGUGAAAUAGGUGUAUUUGGACCCAAUGAAGACAUUAGUUUGAGAAGCAUGUCGGGAAAAGAAUUUAUGGAGCUUCGUGAUAAAAAAGCCCAUCUGUCUCAGAGUGGUGGGCUUUUGUUUUCAAGGGCUGAACCGAGGCACAAGCAAGAAAUUGUGAGGCUGCUCAAAGAGGAUGGGGAGGUUGUGGCCAUGACUGGAGAUGGUGUUAAUGAUGCACCUGCCUUGAAGCUCGCUGAUAUCGGCAUUGCAAUGGGCAUUGCAGGGACUGAGGUGGCAAAGGAAGCUUCGGAUAUGGUAUUGGCUGAUGAUAAUUUUAGCACAAUAGUUGCUGCUGUCGGUGAAGGUAGAUCUAUCUACAAUAACAUGAAGGCUUUUAUCAGGUACAUGAUCUCGUCCAAUAUCGGGGAGGUUGCUUCCAUAUUUCUAACGGCUGCCUUAGGUAUUCCUGAAGGUUUGCUACCAGUUCAGCUUCUGUGGGUCAAUCUUGUCACAGAUGGACCACCCGCAACGGCUUUGGGAUUUAACCCUCCAGAUAAGGAUAUAAUGAAGAAGCCUCCUCGUCACAGUGACGACUCUCUCAUCAAUAUGUGGAUUUUAUUCCGUUAUCUGGUUAUUGGGAUGUACGUUGGAUUAGCUACAGUUGGUGUUUUCAUUAUAUGGUAUACACAUGGUUCCUUCUUGGGUAUUGACCUUAGCAGGGAUGGGCACUCUCUUGUCACUUACUCCCAACUUGCAAACUGGGGUCAAUGCUCCACAUGGAAGAAUUUCACUGCUUCUCCUUUCACCGCUGGUGCUAAAGUUGUCUCUUUUGAUAACGACCCUUGUGAAUAUUUCCGUGGUGGAAAAGUGAAGGCUAUGACUCUCUCCCUUUCUGUGUUGGUAGCAAUCGAAAUGUUCAAUUCCCUCAAUGCCCUUUCAGAGGAUGGAAGCCUUUUGACGAUGCCUCCUUGGGUCAACCCUUGGCUUCUUUUGGCAAUGUCUGUGUCAUUUGGUCUUCACUUUUUGAUCUUGUAUAUGCCAUUCCUUGCCCAAGUAUUUGGCAUCGUGCCCCUGAGCUUCAAUGAAUGGCUUUUGGUUUUGGUUGUUGCAUUCCCGGUUGUUAUAAUCGAUGAGAUUCUGAAAUUUGUGGGGAGGUGUGCUGAUAGGUCUCGAACAUCAUCAGCAAGAUCAAAGCAAAAAUCAGAAUAGACAACUUAUAGCGUGUUUAGAUUUCCGUUUGAAAUUUCUAUACCAUAAUUCAGGCAAAAAUUACAUGACAUAUUCGCUCAAACUUUGUUUUGGAGUUUUCUAAACGAAAAUCCACUACCGGUUUGAUCUUAUUUUUAGAAAAGGACUAAAUCAUGCUUUAGAAAAUGUUUUUUUUUUUUUGGCAACUUGCCGAAAUAAUUUAGAGAUAUCAAACGGAAAAUCAAGACAAUUAGCUCAACCGGGGAAUUGGAUUUCAUUAUACCAAAGCAAAAGUGAUCGUCUCAACUCGAAAGUCGUUUUAUUUGUAGUCUUCAUCUGUUUGUCGUAAAAAGACAGUUAAGCAACGUCUACUGUAUAUUAGUAACUAAAUUUAUUUAUUCCAAAAAGUAUGAAAUAAGUUGUUU